AUGUGGCUGGCUCUGGCUCUGAUGUCUGUGGUCCGUGAGAUGGUAUCUGGGAAACGCAUCUUUAAUUUUCCAUGUUCUAAGAAUCCAGAAACACGGAUGAACAUCAUAAGUAUGAUGAGUGAAAUGGUCUCCUUCUGGGGAUGUCUCAGUAAGGAGUAUGAUGUGGUGACAGAAGAUGGCUGUAUCCUUCAGCUAAACAGAAUUCCUUACGGGAGAGGAAAUGCUGGAAACCAAGGUCCAAGGUCCGCCACAUUUCUGCAGCACGGUUUAUUUGGAGAAGGCAGCAUAUGGGUUCCCAAUCCAGCCAACAACAUCCUAAGCUUCAUUCUCAUAGAUGCUGGCUACGACGUUUGGAUAGGCAACAGCAGAGGGAACACUUGGUCCAAGUGAUAUCUGGUCUUGUCUCCCAAAUGGGAGGAAAUCUGGGCCUUCAGCUUUGAUGAAAUGGCUACAUAUGACCUCCUGGCAAUUGUAAACUUUAUUGAACAGAAAAUGGGACAGAAGCAGUUAUACGGUCUUUCGCAAGGCACCACUAUAGGUUUUAUAGCCUUUUCCACUACGCCUCAGCUGGCUCGGAAAAUCAGGAUGUACCUUGCUUUAGCGCCUGUGGCCACAAUUAUGUUCGUUCAAAGUCCAUUUAAAAAGCUUGCAUUCUUUUCUGACUAUGGUCUUAAGCAGAUGUUUGGCACCAAAGACCUCCUACCGCACACUGCCUUGGGUAAGCUGGUCCUUCCCAAAUUCUGCUUGAAGACCUGCAAGAGCAUCUUGUCUAUACUCUUUGGAUUUUACUGGGAAAACGUAAAUAUGAGCCAAGUAGAUGUGUACGCAGCGCGCUCCCCAACGGGGACUCCAGUCCAGAAUACCAUUGCCUGUCUGAACUUGCUGCAGGGAGUUCAAAGCAGUGCACUGAGAGCUUGUGAUGGGGGCAUGUAUGAUGAUGUUCGCUAUAGACAGAAGGGUCUGCCGCUCUACGAUGUGAAGGACGUCAAAGUGCCAAUGGCCAUCUGGAGUGGUGGAGGGGACUGCCUGGCUGAUCCCCGGGACAUUGCCCUCCUGCUCCCCCAGGUCAGGAACCACAGGGUGAUUCCUCAGUGGAACCGCCUGGAUUUCAUCCUGGGGCUCGAUGCAACCGAGGUUUUGUACCAGGAAAUCAUCGACAUGAUGAAGGGGCGGCGGUAA